UGUUGCAGCAAACCAGCAGCACAUACCUGCAUCUAGGAAACUGGAACAUUCUCUGUCUCUCCGCUUCUAUCUGUACCUCUGUCAAUCUGUAUCUGUCUAUAAACCUGUUUAUAUGAGUCUAGAUUGAGGUGUUUCUGUUCAAAUAGCAGAUAUGCCACUCACUUUGUUUUUUUCCAGCGUGAGCGGUUCUCUGGAGCUGAAGAAAAAUCAGGACAGAAUCUUCUUUGUCCUGGAAUCAAAGAAGAUCCCUUUUGAAGCUGUGGACAUUUCUCAGAAUCCUGAACACAAGGAUUUAAUGAGGAAGAGGGCAGGGAACCCGAAGGCUCUGCCACCUCAAUUAUGCAACGGAGAUAUCUACUGUGGAGACAUUGCUGCGUUUGAAAAUGCAAUCGAGAUGGAACAAUUAGAGGAGUUUCUCAAACUCUAAAAGGAAUGGUGACCAGCUACGCAACACUCAACCACAUCACCAUGUUUACUGCAAUCUCUACAUAUCUAGUAAAACAGACAACAGAUUAAUAGUAGUAUAAAGAUAUAUGUAAAUUAAUAUUUUCUGUUUCCUUUUGUUUUAUUUGAUGAAGACAGGUGCCUUAUUUGUAUUUGAUGACUAAUGCCAAAACCUUAAGGAAAUGUAAAUUUGACCGAGGUGUAAGUGCUUUUCCAGCCCUCUUUUCAGAAUUGAGAGAGUUGCACAUCUGAACAAUUUGUAGACAAUUUGUAAAAAAAUCUUAAAUAAAAAACUGUUUGAUUGUUGAAA